AUGAACGCCUCCAGUUCCUCUUUGCUUAAUCAGGAUCAAACGCACACAGUUUCCUCGGUGACUUGUUUCUACUUCACCGCUCCCAUCUUCGAGUCUUCGGCCACACUCAUCGUAAAUGUUAUCGCGUGUGUUUUAAACUCUUCAUUUGCUAUAUUUUCAUCGUUUGGAAACCUUCUUAUUGUGGCCGUUCUCUGUAAAACCAAAUCACUUCACAAGCCAGCGAAUAUUCUCCUUGGAUGGUUCGCCUUUUGUGACUUCCUGUUGGGAUUUUUGGCAGCGCCAGCUUUUGUUGCUUUCAAAAUAGCAGAGAUCACAAGAAAUUUUGAAUCUUAUUGUGUUCUGCGUUCGGCUUACGACUUUACUUCACAAACAACGCUUAGUGCGUCAUUCGUCAUACUGACUUUUAUGACUAUUGAUCGAUAUUUAUCGCUUCACCUUCACCUUCGAUAUAAGGAAGUCAUCACCAACAGGCGUAUCACAGGAGCAGUGUUAUUCUCGUGGAUUCUGUCUCUCUCGAUAACUGUAACAAAAUUAUGGUUAGACCCGAAGACUUUUCUUUUCAUCAUCAAGGCUUCUAAACUGCUUUGUCUCUUCGUUAUCGUAACAGUCUACAUAAAAAUACUUGUACUAGUGCGACGUCAUCAGAUCCAAAUAGACCAACUGACUGUCUGCGAUCGCCGUGGUUCUCAGAGAAGCCUCUAUGAUUUUUGUCGCCUCAAAAAGUAUGCGUGCACCGUGGCAUUCAUUGUUGCUCUUAUCAUUGCUUGUUAUGUCCCGGUUGUUUUCGUCAGCUUUUGUAAAGCUUACGUUUGUACAGAAGGGGUAGAACAUGCUAAAAUUAUGUACACCCUUACGGUAACAUUUAUCUUUUUUACAUCGGCCCUGCAUCCGCUGGUUUAUAUAUGCCGCAUGAGAGAAGUGAUGGAUGCAAUCAAGAAAUUCUUUAACAUAAAAUGA